CCCCAGCUCCGCGUCUGCCUCCGGGUCUCCCCGGCGGAGCAGCCUCGCCUCGAGUUCCUCAUGCGCAAGUGCGGCUGGUUCGUGCGGGAGCUGCGCGUUGAGUUCGCCGCCGAGAAUUACCUGAGCGGAGGCGGCGGGCCGGGCGACGGAGGCGGCGCGGACCCCGGGACCGGCGGGGAAGAAGUGGAGGCCUUGCAGCUGUCCGCCCGUUGGCUGGAAGUGCUGCGCACCUACUUGGAGCUGGUGCUGUGCGUGCUGGUCAGCAUCCGGAACAACAGAAUUCAGCAGCUGUUUGAAGAAAUACUGAGUAAUAGCAGGCAACUGAAAUGGCUGUCCUGUGGGUUUAUGCUGGAAAUAGUAACCCCAACAUCACUGUCAUCUCUCUCAAACUCUAUUGCCAACACCAUGGAGCACCUGAGUUUACUGGACAACAAUAUUCCUGGUAACAGCACCCUUAUCACUACAGUGGAACUAGAGCGAUUUGUGAAUCUGCGCUCACUUGCCCUGGAUUUCUGCGACUUUACAGCUGAGAUGGCAAGAGUCUUAAGCGAUAGCAACCAUGUGCCUUUGCAGCGACUGUCUCUCCUGGUCCACAAUGUUUCUGUGAUGCACAAGUCUCUGGACAACAUGCCAAAUGAUGAGCAUUGGAAAGCCUUGUCACGAAGGAGUCCCAGCCUCCGGGUCUAUAUCAUGGCUUUUGAUAUUAAGAGUGAAGACAUGUUAAAGAUUCUGAAACCCAGUAUACCACUAGAGAGGAUUCAUUUUGACAGCUACAUCACUUGUGUUUCGGGAGCUAUUGUUGAUCUUAUAUCUAGGCAGUAUGACAAGUUCCUCACUCAUUUCAUAUUAAUGAAUGAUGUGAUUGACACGUCUGGUUUUCCAGAUCUUAGUGAUAACCGAAACGAAGAUCCAUUGGUGUUAUUAGCGUGGAGGUGCACAAAGCUUUCUCUUCUGGCAAUUCAUGGUUACACAGUGUGGGCACACAACCUCAUUGCCAUUGCUCGUCUUCGUGGCUCUAAUCUAAAAGUACUUGAAGUCACCGAAGAAAGCAUUGAUUUUGACCAAGGUGAACUGGCCGACCAGGAUGUGGAUCCAGUGCAUAACCUUAUUGAGCAGGUAUCCCUGGGCCUGGGUCAACCUUGGCACGCAGUCAUGGACAUCGAAUCACUCAGUGUCUUCACUGAACCAAAUCGUCAUUUUUACAGAGAGAUGCAAAGCUUUAGCGAAGACAUUUAGCUUUUUUUUAAAUGUACAAUUCCUGUGGUUACAUAUGCAAGUAGGGUCCUAUUAUGUUUUUUUCAGUAGUGUGAAUUAAUCCCUUUGUGCUGUGUUUAAUCAGUAUUAGCUUCAUAGAAUUAUAUAUGUAUAUUCUACUUCUUGAUCAAAGAACGUAGUCGGGUAUUGGAUUAGAAGUUCAAAGUGACAAUGUAUAGGGCUUUCACGGUUAAUAGACUUGUUACCAAACCUUAAAGAUACACAACCGAAGGUUGUCUGAGGUUGCUGGCUAACUUUAUUUUUCACUGAGUUACUCUCUCUUUUUGAUUAUUUUAUUCUUUGUGUGUCAGAGUUGAACUCAGGAGCCAAAAUAUUUUUAUACAUAUAUAGAUAUAUACCCAUAGCCUGGUGGAUUUGUAUGCAAUAUACUGCAUUCACGCAUUCUAAUAGCAUUUCAUUAAUUUUUAUUUAAAAUCGAAGGGAGGAUAAUGUCCCAAAUGAGUUAUCUUUAACAGAAAAGCCAAGAUUUUAACUUUCAUUCCAUAUAUAAAAUUGAUUAUCACCAAUUACCAUUCUGAAUUUUGUAUAGUAUUAGGUUAGAAUCUUGCUUAACCCUUUUUUUAAAAUGCAUUUACAUAAACAAAUACUCAAAUUGUUGGAUUUUUAGAAACUAUAUCUGACAUGAUUUUAUUUAUCAAUUAUAUUACACAUUCAAGUUAGCUUUUAAGCCCAGAUUUCAAGUUGUGGAGGGAGAAAGAAACUAUAUUCCAGGGUAAAACCUCCUAAAAGAAAAUCAAAAAACAGAAUUGUAAACACACAUGCUUGCAAACAAACAUUAGUCGUGAAAUCCCUAGCAACAAGUCACUGGAUUUUUCUCUGUCAGCGCGCGUGUCAGCUGCCAAAGAAUAGACUUAACUGAAGAAGUGCCCACAUGCUGGCAGGGGCCGGCCCACUCUGGCCAGCCAGAUUCUGCUAGAUUGUAAUAUUUAAGGUCGAAUUUCGACCUGUGGUACACAGCUGUGCUGUGGCUCAGUCAGCAACCUCAGAACUCUGAAAAACAAAACACAAAAAAAAGAAAAAAAAAAUGCACCUGUUUCACUGUGAAUAGUGAAUGUAAAGGAAGAGAGGAAAAACUGAAAACUUGUUCUAUCACAGGUAUGAGCUGCUAUAAUACAUGAAGAACAUUCCAUGAAGUAUGUUUUAAAACCUUGUUAUAUCUGAGAGGCUUUAAAAGCCGAUUUAACUGUUUCAGGGCAACCGCGGUACAGACGUGGUCUCUGUGAGACUUCCACCUGACCCCAGUUUUAAGUGGUACGAAUGUUGUGCAUUUAAUGUUAACGGACAGUCUGCAAUAAUAAAGUAGCCAACAUGGGUGCCCAGCAGUGCUGAGACCUGGCUGCUCUAUUGUAAGCUUUGGAAACACAAUUUAUGCAACAGAUGUCCAGAUAUGAUUCUAUUUAUGGAAAAAGUUUAUAUGUGUUUUACAAAUGGUUUUACCAUCUUAUAUUAAAAUGACCUUUUGACAGGUGUGCACUGUUUUGUCUCCAGUGGGCACAUACCAUGCGGAUUUUAUAUGUACAUCAGUAGUGUGAAUCCACUGGCACAGUGUGUGUAAAUGCCAGAUGUGGUGAGAUUUUAUCUUAUAAAUGUGAUCAGAUAAAAUAACUCCUGACAGAAACUGUAAGGAAACCAGCUGAAUGUUUGACCUGAUGACUGAUGUUAUAUGGUUUAUGUUAAAUGUAUAUUCUUUUAAUCAAUGAAUAAAGCAUUAAAAAGUGGUCA